UUCUAUAAAAAAAUAUAGACAAAUCAUUUAUAUUGUGGUGGGAAGACAGACGUGCCUCUGUUAAAUUAUAUUUAAUGCAAAUGAUAUUAAUACAUUAUAGUUUGAUAAUUUGAUUAAAGUUUAGAGACUUUAAGCACAAAAUAAUGUCAAUUAUGGAUGAUAGUUCAGAUGGGAUAAAUACCAGUAGUCUUGAUUCGAGAUUUCACAAUAUAAGGGAUUUGUUCAAUGAUUAUAUUAGCUUUGAUGACCCUAAGUUCAAAAAGCCUAAAAAUCAUGGAAAAUUUGAAAGAUAUCUCAGUCUUAUAAUAUUUUUAUUAUGUGCGCUAUUUUGUUUAUUAUUAAUAAUUUCACUGUGGACUAAAUGGAAACAAAAUGACCUCGUAAUUGUUAAUGCUGACACACUUGUUCCUGUACAUGAGAUUCCGUUUCCGGCAGUAACAGUUUGCUUGGAAACCAAAGCGAUGCCGUCUAAAUACAAUUAUACCAAAAAUUAUCACCUCUAUAAGAAUCACGAAACUCGUGAGGAGAUGUCCAUUCAGGACCGCCAAAUGUUCGAGGAUUUGUACACUAUAUGUGAUAACACUAUCAGCGAAAAAAAUGGUAGGAAUUUUAGUGAGUCAGAAAAUUCUAUGGUAAACCUAGUGGCGGUGGCACCUUCAAUCUACGAAGCUAUGUUCAUGUGCAAAUGGAAAUACAACGUUAUCGACAAAUGCGCGAAUCUAUUUUCACAGAUUUUAACUGAAGAAGGUGUAUGUUUCACAUUCAAUAUGUUAGAAGAUAAAGAUGUUUAUAGAAUAGAAAAUUUACACAAGGACUGUGGCUAUACAAUGCAUAAUACUAGAAAUAUAUCAACUUGGAAUUUGGAAUCUGGAUACUCUGUAACAGAUAAAGAUACAUAUCCACGAAGAGGAUCGGGUUACGGCGCAAGUAUGGGCCUUGUGUUUCUGGUAAAUCAAAAUAAAUUCGACUUGGACUAUCUUUGCAAAGGUGCAGUACAAGGAUCAAAGGUAUAUCUACACCAUCCCGCGGACUUACCGAAGAUGUCAAGUAAUUAUUUUCGAUCUGCUGUCGACCAAGAAUUAUUGGUCAGCAUCAAAGCGCAUAUGUUGACGACAGCCGAAGCCUUACGGUCUUAUCCUCCUGAAAGGCGUCAGUGUUAUUUCGCACAGGAGCGAUAUCUUCAUUAUUUUAAACUAUACACGCAGUCAAACUGUGAAUUUGAAUGUCUGACAAAUUAUACAUACGCGAAAUGUGGAUGCGUACAUAUUGGGAUGCCACGAGGACCUGAAAUGAAGGUUUGCAAUAUCGGCAAAGCUAGAUAUGUGAGUAACGCACGUUUUGAGUUCAUGGAGCAAGAGUUAGACGCGAUCCUGAAACAAGAAAAGCAUUGCAAUUGUCUGCCGCCCUGCACUUCUAUCAGUUAUGAGGCAGAGGUAUCCCAGGCUGAUUUUAAUUUCAAGGCUCUGUGCGAAGCGUACCAAGUAGGUCUCGAUGACGGCGUAAACACAAACGUUCUCAUGUCCCGCGUGAAGCUGUUCUUCAAAUCCUCACACUUCAUAUCAUCGGAGAGGAGGGAACUAUAUGGGACAAUAUAUUUCCUGGCUGACUGUGGAGGAAUCAUCGCAUUAUUUUUGGGAAUUUCUUGUCUGGGAACGAUCAAAGUUGUCUAUAUACUUGCAUCAAGUGCAGAUGAUACUUAUUUUAGUUUAAUUAAAGUACAGUCACCACAAUCAUCAACAAUGUCAUUGAUUUUGGAUGAUAGAUUUCAAAAUGAAAACAACAUCAGAACUCCUGAUUCGAGAUUCCACAUUAUAAGAAAUCUGCUCAUAGAUUAUAUUAGUUUUGAUGAUCCCAAGUUCAAAAGACGUAAGAAUCAUGGAAAAUUGAGAUAUCUCGGUGUUAUAAUAUUUUUAUUCGGCGCACUAUUAAGUUUAAUUUUAAUAAUUUCACUGUGGACUAAAUGGACGCAAAGUGGUCUCGUAAUUAUUAAUGCCGACAAACUUGUUCCUGUACAUGAGAUUCCGUUUCCGGCGGUAACAGUGUGUUUGGAAAGCAAAUCAUUACCAUAUAAAUACAAUUUUACUGAAAAUUAUCAUCUCUAUAAUAAUUCUGAAACUCGCGCCAGAAUGAGCAAUUUGGACCGCGAAAUGUUCGAGGAUCUAACAUUAGUAUGUGAUAGCCACCUGAAUUCAGCUAUUGGUAGAAAUUUCAGUAAGCCAGAUGAUACUUUGGUAAACCUUAUGGUGGGAGCACCUUCAAUAUCGGAAGCUAUGUUCAUGUGCAAAUGGAAACACAAACAUUACAUUGACCACUGUAGCGAUUUAUUUUCACAAGCUUUGACUGAGGAAGGUCUUUGUUUCACCUUCAAUAUGUUAGGAGACGAUGAUAUCUUCCGACAAGAAAAUUUACACCAGGACUAUGGCUACACAAUACACAAUACUGUAAAAAGAUCAACUUGGAACUUGGAAUCUGGAUACUCUGUUACAAAAAAAGAUACAUAUCCGCGAAGAGUAUCGGGAUAUGGCGGCGCAGACAUGGGCCUAGCGUUCCUGUUAAAACAAAAUAAGGAAGACUUAGACUACCUCUGCAGGGGUCCAGUACAAGGAUCAAAGAUUCAUGUACAUAAUCCAGCGGAAUUCCCAAGGAUGUCAAGUCAUUAUUUUCGAACUGCUGUGGACCAAGAGUCAGUGGUGAGCAUCAAAGCGCAAAUGUUGACGACAGCCGAAGCCUUACGAUCUUAUUCUCCUGAAAGGCGACAGUGUUAUUUCGCAGAAGAACGAUAUCUUCAUUAUUUUAAACUAUACACGCAGUCGAACUGUGAAUUUGAAUGUCUGACAAAUCACACAUACGAGAAAUGUGGAUGCGUACAUAUUGGAAUGCCACGUGGACCUGAAAUGAAAAUUUGCAAUACCGGCAAAGUUGAAUGUAUGAAUGAUGCACGUAAUGAGUUCAUGGAGCAAGAGUUAGAUGCGAUCCUGAAACAAGGAAAACAUUGUAAUUGUCUGCCGCCCUGCACUUCUAUCAGUUAUGAGGCAGAGAUCUCCCAGGCUGAUUAUGAUUUCAAGGCAUUUUGCGAAGCGCACAGAAUAGGUCCCCAUGACGGCGUAAAUCCAAAUGUUCUCAUGUCCCGCGUGAAGCUAUUCUUCAAAUCCACACACUUCAUGGCAUCGCAGAGGAUGGAGUUGUAUGGAGCAACAGAUUUCAUCGCCGACUGUGGAGGAAUCGUCGCUUUAUUUUUAGGAAUUUCUUGUCUGGGAACGAUCAAGUUUUUCUAUAUAAUUGCGUCAAGAUCAUACAAUUUUUAUCGAGAACAAAAUAAAAAGAUGGAGCUAGUGGGAGCAAAUAGCAGUUCCGCAAUAAAUGAAUCUUAGAAAACACUACAUUUAAUGAAGUAUUACAUAAUCUUCUCAAUGGACAAGGUUACAUUAUAAUAAUAUGAUUACCUAUGAUGAAUAAUGACAAAGCGAGAAAAGUUCAAAAAAUUGAGUUCAUUUUGAAUGAAAAUCAUAUUUUUGCAUAUUUCACACAUGCUUUUGAACUAAACUUUUACUGUGUGGUUCAAUUCCUUUUCAAGUCCAUUAAUGUUCAUCUAUACCAUAUCUAUAGUUAUUUAAAUUUUAAAUAUUUUUUCAAUUGUUUUCUAUGAAGGAAUCUAUGAAACAUAUUGUCAAUAUGCUGGAGAUAGAUAUGUAGAAAACUAUAAAAAAUUAUAUUACUUAAUUAGUAUCUUAAUUGUUUUUUGAUGCGACGGUGUCUUGUAUCUUGCGAGUCGGUGAGGCAUCUGUUUCUGCGUUGUUGUUUAUACGAUUUUGUUGAUAUACCACGCAACACAAUCUGUAACCAAAUUUGUAAAAUAAAAUAAUGAUUUUUA